CAUUUCUGAAGAUGUCUCAAAAAAUGUUCAAAAUCGAUCGGGUAACAAUUUUAAAACGAUACUGUCGCACUUUCUUCCCGCGUUUGUUCAAGUUCUUGAAUCUCAAAUCUUAUUCUCAGGAUGUAGAAACCUUCUUCACUACCAUAAUAAAGCAAGUACUAGAGGAGAGGCGCUCUUCUGGUGUACAACGACAUGACUUUCUUCAGCUAAUGUUAAAUGUACAAAAAACUGAAUCUAGUUUUCCUAUGACUGAUGCGUUAAUCACUUCUAAUUCAUUUAUAUUUAUGCUAGCCGGUUUGGAGUCAUCGGCUACAACGUUGUCAUUUUGUUUAUAUGAACUGGCAAAAGACAAAGACAUUCAAGAUAAUUUAAGAAAGGAGAUAUCUGAAUGUAUCGGAAGAUACGGUGGAUUAAAUUACGAAGCAGUAUGUGCAAUGCGAUUGGUUACCCAAGUUGUUCUGGAAACUUUGCGAUUGCACCCACCGACGCCGCUCACAACAAGGCUCUGCACCUCUCCUUGUACCCUAUUGGGCACAGAUCUAGAUGUGAGGCUCAAGGAUCCUAUCCUCGUACCACUAUAUUGUAUUCAAAGGGACCCACAAAACUUCCCAAAUCCGGAUAAGUUUGAUCCAGAACGAUUCAAGGAAGAUUCAAAUCCUCCCGGGUUCAUGGCUUUCGGCGAUGGUCCGAGAAGUUGCCCAGGAGCGCGGUUUGCUCAGCUGACGGUGGCGGCGGGGCUGUCCGCCGUGCUCACCACCUUCGAGGUGGAGCCGUGCGCGCGGACCACUCCCACCAUCCACUACGACCCGCGCAGCGUAAUGCAAUGCGAAAUGCUACAACAGUUAGAAGAUAAUAAUUUUCUAGAAUGCUGUAUGGAUAUUUUCGUCGACUUUUGUAAUAUAAAGGAAUAUAAAGAAAUAUUCGAGCCGAACGUAUGUUUGUCGGUGCUGGAGCGGCGUGCGGAACUGGAGGUGCGUGCGCAGAAGGGCGCCGACGUGCGGAUGUCUAGUUCGGCGGCGCGCGGCCGGCCGCCGCCCACGGCCGCGCUGCUCGCGUCCGCGGCACGCGCGCUGCACAAUGUUAGCGCCUUCGCACGCGCGCGGCUCGACGACUGGAACCAACGGGGACUCUAUCGCUUGUUAUUCAGAUGCGCGUCUUGGUCCAAAGGCACGUUGGAGGAAGUGCACAGCGUGCGAGCGAGUGUGUGCCGCGCCUUGUUCGCGGCCACGACGGCCAAAUGCGUGCGCGCAUCUCUCGCUAGCACCAAAGAUUGUCUCCAUAGCUUGGUGGUUACGUUGAAACCGUUUGCAGAAGACAGACAAGUGAACGCAGAGAGUUUACAAGCGUAUACACAAGCGCUACUCUUACUGGGCUCGUUACUUCCGGAGAGCGCCGCGGCAGACAGCGUGUGGCAACAACUGAAGGAGUCAUCUUCACCAUCACUGUUACAUCUGCUGUGCCAAUGCUUGGUGACUGAUGAAACUGAGUUACAGGAAGCGGCGUUGUACUGUUUAGCGCAGUUAGCUCAAUCGACAAAGACUAAGAAACAUGUAGACGGCACAAAGGAUGAAUCCUGGGUGCAAUAUUAUGAUAAUGUUAAAUCAUCGUAUGUAAAUAGCGUUGGAAGCAAUGUAAGAGACGAACACGAUUGUCAACCGGAAUACAUGGCGGAAGAAAUAUGCAAGGCCUUGAUAAAUCUGUACCAUAAGUGGACGUCAGACAUCAAGAAGUAUCUCGCCAGUCAAGAGUGGAACUGGACGAGCGUGAGCGCGUGCCUGUGCCGCGUGCUGUCGGCGAGCGGCCGCAGCCGGCUGUACGCGCGGCACCGGCGCCUGCCGCGCACGCUCUCGGCCGCGCUGCAAGCCGUGCGCGACCACCUCGCCAUGCACGGGAAGCCCAACGACGUCAUACGGGAUGCUGAUUAUGAUCCAGUGUUACGCACGCUCUACUGGACGCUGACACUAAUCGAUUGCUCGAUGGUGGAGUGUCCGCUCGCUAAGGAGAGUUUCGCAGAUGACGGUAUAACUGUAUCCUUGGUAAGACUGUGGCCCUGGUGCAUGCUCACAGAACAGCUACGGACAACGCUAGUGCAUCUUCUUUACACUUUCACCAAUGAUUGCCCUAAAGCGUGGUCGGCGCUGUGCGUGUGCGCGGGCGGCCGCAGCGUGGCGGGCUCGCUGUGCGCGCUGGCCGUGCGCGCGCCGCGCCCGCUGCAGCCGCGCGCGCUCCGAGCGCUGCGACACUGCGCGCCGCACCACCAGUGCCGCGCCAUCAUCAUUAAAAGCGAUGUAAUCGCCGCUACGUUCAAGGCGUGCGUGCGGUCGCGCAGUAGUCGCGGGUCGGGCGAGUGCGCGGAGGCGGGCGUGCAGUGCGCGCGGCUGCUGGAAGCGCUGGCGCGGCACGCGGACGGCGCGGGCGCGGCGCUGAGCGUGCUGUGCCCGCCGGCGGCCGGCACGCCUCGAGCGCUGCGGGCGGCGCUGAUGCCGGCGCUGGCACACGCCGCGCAUUAUCACCGGCCACUUUUCUUACAGUCGCCGGAUCUGCUGGAGUUUCUGUCGGGCUCGUUGUUGGCGGGAGACACCGCGGAGGUUGUGUGCGCCGCGCGCGCCGUGUGGGCGUUGGCUGCUAACAAUCAUAAGGCUAAGCUGGCGUUACGUAGUGCGGGCGUGCCGACGGCCGUGGAGUCGGCGCUGCAGCGGCUGCGGCGCGCCGCGCGCCCCGCGCACCCCGCGCACCCCGCGCACCCCACGCACACCGCGCACACCGCGCACACCGCGCACACCGCCGAGCAGCGCGCCCUGCAGCUGCUCACCUACACACACACCGUCCUGCAAGCAUCCUGACACUCUCUACGUUGCCAUCGGGACCUAAAAAUAAUAUGUUGUGAUACGUUUAUUCUGUUUUAUUUACUAUGUAAAAAAAAUUGUAAAGUUUAAUAAAUAAAAAUACGAA